GUGCCUAAUAGUGUAGCUAUGAAACUGCUAACCUGUGUUUUUGUAUUCUCAGGGAUGGCAUUAGUCGGUCUGAUGCUGAGCAGAGGAGCAGAUUACUUCGUAGAGAAGCGGGAGGUAUUGUUGGUCAAAGCAUUGAAUUUACGCUCAAAAGUCGGACCAACAGAAAUGAUGGAGCAGAUUGAAACACACAAGGUCAGCUACAAGUGUGCAAUAGUAUUUAUCUUUUUACUGGUGCUAAUAGGAGUUGGGACAGCCUUUCUAACCAUAGUUGAGAAACUAGACAUUGUUGAUGCCUUUUACUGCAUCUGCUCCACCAUCACAACCCUUGCUUAUGGGGAUAAAAGUUUCUCAACCAAGGCUGGGCGUAUUUUGGCAAUUUUUUGGAUUUUGACGAGUACACUUUGUUUGGCUCAAUUUUUCCUUUAUAUUGCUGAGUUGAACACUACGAAGUGACAGAAGGAACUGGUUAGAUAGGUCCUUACUAAGCCGGUGACUAACGUGGAUCUUAAAGCUACUGAUCUUGAUGAUAAUGGUAUAGUUGGUGCUGCUGAGUUUGUCAUAUACAAGCUCAAAAAGAUAGGAAAGAUCAGCCAAGAAGAUAUCUCAGUUGUGCUAAAAGAAUUUGAAUAUCUUGAUGUUGAUCAGUCUGGAACUUUGUAG